UUAUCAUAGAGUUGCAUCCCUUUCUUAAUCGGUCUUAGAGCAACUAAUGUCAUCCGGGCUGUUCCCAAUCUGUGACACCUCACUACGUUUGGAGCACAAGAAUGAUUCAGUAAACUGUGAAAGGCAUAUGGAGCACUUCCAAUGUUGAACUCAUCAACGAAAUUUCCUUCAGCUGACUCCACAUUUCCACUUAUUCCAUGCAUAUUAGUAGCACUCGUCAUUAUAUGAUGAAGUAAAUUACCAGCUGCAUAUUUCCUAAUAUUAUCUUGUUCCUCUUCAUUGUCACUUUCUAAAAACUUUGUUUUCUGUGACAAUUGCCAUAAAAAUACAGCUGCAGUAACUGCCUUUUGAAAAAUAUUGGAUAUAGAUCUCUUUUCAAUAUUAGAUGCCAAAGUAUGUAUUGAGGUAUAAUACUUUGAGUCAUAUACCCAUUCAUUGUUUACCUUAACAUGACCUCUGAAUUCUGAACCAGCAUUUUCUUCUGCUUCUUGAAUGGUUUUGAAUAAACUGUCCCAGUCAGCGUGGUCAUUUCUAGCUUUUAUUACAGUUCUAAGAGCAAGAAGCUCUAAUGUAGUAAAUUUCAACUCUACAAGGGUAGCCAUCAACGGACAUUCAAUUUCAUGGUAAUCCUUCCAGGCACUAUCUUUGCAUUGAACGCUACAAUAUAACGAAAAACAGCAGCUGUGACAAGGCAACAAAUUCAAGCUUCUGGAGAGACAGUAACUGCAAGUGAACAAAUAUUGAUGUUUCAAGAGCAGCUUGAAAUAGGGUUCUUCUUGUAUCAGAAUAUCACCAACUUUGAUGUCACAUUUUGCUACAACAUGCCGUCCCAUUUCAUUACUGAAUACAACUUCCAGCUUCGAACUGGCACAUGGAAAUCUUGGCAUCUGUGGGUCUUUUAAGGUAAGCAAUUCACGUAUUUCAGGGCUUAACCGUUCAGAUUCUGGAGUAACUUUAUCUAUACAUAUUGACUUUCUUUUAUUUAAUUUGUCAGUUAACUUCUCAGGGUAUUUCAUUGAGAAAACAGUGUCAAUAUCUUUAAUACAUUCGGCCCACUUUUCUAAUGAGGAAAAGACUGCAGAUCUGUUAGCUAGGGCUAGACAAUAACACUCAGAAUGUAGAGGUGCAUGAAGCAAAGAUAGAUUGUAAUACUGCCAUGCACCGUAGUUAUCGUUUCGUUGGUACUUUUUGUUGCCUUGGUUACGGUAGUAUGUAGACACUUUUUCACAUUUUUCAACGUCUAAUAUUUUUGGGAAGGCCUCCAAGCCUUCAAGAAUAUCAUACACUAUCAAAACCUUGUCAUGUAUAUCUUUUGUGCAUAUUAAUUGCUGUGAUAUUGAACGUAUUUUACCUUGAGCGUUUAACUUGGCAAGAACGCCUUCAUAGCAGGAAUCAAUACUCAUGUUUAUGUGUGUAGAAAACUAUUGAUCUUACAGUUACUCGAGUCCAAGACAGUGGUGCACAAUGUCUCACUUCGCGACGCCUUUUAUAGUGGUAAAUCUGGGUUGUGAGAUGGUGUAUGUCAUCGACCAGCGCUUGAGGGCACAAAAUAUUACUCUGGAUAAAUCUGAGAGAGUGCUCACCGAUGUGGUUACAGUGCUACUUCAUCCCAAACUCCUGGACGAGCUAUUUAUACCGCAGCCGGUGGCCACCCACGUCGUCAUCAAGCAACUGCUUCAAGAUAUAUCGGCCACGUCUAUUAUGAAACUAGACGACUAUUCCAUGUCCAAAUUAUGGGAUUUGAUGACCAUGAUCUUCAAAUGGCAGCUUUCUGUAGCAACAAACCAAAAUAUUUUUGACAUUAGCCGGCGACACUUGAGAAGUGUGGCCACACUCAUGCCUCAAUAUUUCCCAAAAUGUAUUAUUGAGCAGGCGAUGAGGAGAUUUGAAUCUUUAGCCCAAAAAUUCACUGAUGAUGAUUACAAAUCGCUGAGCAACACCUUGAUAUUAUGGUUUUCUGAAUAUCAUACAAAGAUUUCAGUUUUACUGAGAUUGGGACUUCAAAAGAAAGAUGGAACGUUUAGUUUGCCAGCAACAAUAAAUUCAAGGAUAUUACAAAAUCUCGGAGAAAACAUUUACAUUUAUGACAAUAAGAAAAAUCCUGCCGAUGAAUAUGAAUCUAAAUGUGCUGAUACUUGCGAAAUCAGUUGCCUCCUUGGGACAAUAGAUCCUACGCCUAGCAAACAGGGAGUCAUUGAGUUGCACCUGCCUAUCGAAUUCGGGAAAGGACUUGCUAAGAAAACAAUUGAACUUCCAAGAGAUACACAUUUUGAGAGCAUUAGCACUAAUGUUAAAAUAAAGAAUACAGAACUUACAUUCACUCCAGAUAUUCCCAAAUCGACACAAGAGGACUUGCUGGAUAUGCUUCUCGAAACAGAGUGA